UGGUGGAGGUGGGACGAGAAGUCACAUCCCCGUCGCCGAAAGCCGCCUUUUACGUAGCCGCCUAUAAAGUUGUUCCGGUGACCGCGCGGCCGCCUCAGAUACACUCCACCCUUGAACGCAUCGACCAGCAUUGCUUUCUCGCCAUGAAUUUCCUCGUUUUACUAUUAAUAGCUCUUCCUGCGUGCUUGGCACAAUUUACAAUACAGGGACCCAGUGACGGGAAUCGAGUCGCUCAGGGCUUACGAAUAGAGGAAGGGAAAGGAAUCGAGUACACGGAUCAAAAUGACGCACACGAUAGUGGUUUCAGUAUUCAAGGUGCCACGGAUGGUAGUGCUCAGAUACAAGGUUCCAGCGAUGGCCAUUCCAAUUUUCAAAUUCAGGGUGCCACUCAGGGUAUAGCUGAAAGAUAUGUGCAAGGACCCAGUGCAGGAGCAUACAAUAUCCAAGGAGCGUCCGAUGGACACAGUCAAUCGAUUAUUCAAGGAGCCUACGAUGGUAGAUCAGGUGCUGCUCCAAAAUCUCUCCAAUAUAACGAUCCCAGUGGACUGAGAGUAAACUGGAGGUCGUACGAUCGGCAAUCGCGGCCAGCAGCGCAACAGGAAUAUUCUCAAGCUGCAGCUCCGACCGCGCCAAGAGCAUCGCAUCGACAAAGAGCAUCUGCCCCUAAACAACCACCUCCACCGCCAGAACCAGUCGCCUUGCAUCAAUCGAAGUCUAUAGAUAACGCUCCUUCGCAUAUCAAGCAUCUUCUUCAGCUCCAAGCUCAACUUCCAUACGUGAACAUUAUUCCUGAACCGUACAGAUACGAAAAUCUGAUAUCGCUACAAGGUGCGAAUCAACCGCAACCUCGAUACGAACCUCGAUACGAGGCCGAGCCCCAAGAAGAAUUGCCUCCAGAACCACGGCGUCCGGCUUACCGCGGGAAAUCACGUGGUCCAGCCAGACAUAGACGACAAGCGCCGCAACAAGCGCAGCAUCGCAAACUUCCGCAACCACCAGCCGAGCCAGAGAUCAAAUACUCGCCCAAUCUACCUCCUCACCUUCAACAACUCUUAAAAUACCAGGCGCAAACACCUUACGUUAAUUCGAUUCCAGAACAGUACAGAUUUAAUCCGGAUCCAUUCGCGCAAAUGCAGCUGGAACAAUUUCGCAAUUACUAUCAAGAUUUGAUUAGACAGCAACCAACGUCUCCUGUCGUGCACACAGUGCCACCAGCGGUCGCGCCAUCUCCUGUACAAGUUUCACCAUCGUCAGAUCCAUCGCCCCAUUCAAGAAGACAGAGAAGACAAGCGCCUCAUCAAUCGCGACAACAGCCAAGACCACAGCCAAUACCAGCCGAACCGGUCCCCCAAUAUUCCACAAAUAUUCCCGGUCACAUUCAAAGUUUGUUGAAGUAUCAGGCCCAAAUCCCUUACAACAUCAUUGCCAAUCAGAUCGAUUAUCGCCUCGACAAACCGUACGUGCCCCAGCCUGUCCAACCCGCUGGACCACCGCAAGUUCAAUAUCAACCUUCCGUGAAUAAUCAUCCGUAUCAAGAGCAGACAAGCAGCGGCUAUCAAAGUCAAUUGAAUACCGCUUACCAGUCGAGCGAUCCGGCUUACUAUCAGGAUCAAGGAAGAGACGCGUAUCAAGGCCAAUCAAGCGGGUACAGUCAAGUUUACGCUUCUCAACCGCAGUAUCCGCAAUAUACUCAGGCUCAACUUGGAUACGAGAGAGCUGAUCAAGGAGUUCGUCCUGUGACCGAGAAGCAAUAUAAUCGAAAAUAAAUGGGCGUAAUUGUUUGUUUGUAUCUCGAUUUGGUAUUAUCGUUUCGUUCGUCGAUCGAUUUUUAAUUAAUUGGAACGAUGUUUUCCAUUGUUCCGAAUAUUAUUUGAUCACACGUUCCGUUUCACGACCAUGUGUAAUUGCGAAUAAAAUCAUGCGCUUUCGCCGAGAUUGUUUCGUAAUACUGAAAUAUUUAAAGGAUCUUUAUGCAUUUUGUUUCGUUUCGCAUGCAUUAAGUUACUCGUGAAAGUGAAAUACUUGACACUACAAUAACGUUUUAAACGUUACAUCUGCUUUUCGUUAAGAAGUAAUUCUAUGUAGGAAAAAUUCUAAUCAUAUGUACUUUAAAGGUUGCAGUAUUUUUAGUAACAUUUUCUUCCAAGAUUUAUCUUAUUAUUAUUUAGAUUUAAUAAAAAUAGCUGCGAAGAAUAUUUUUAUUCGUCGAAUAUUUGCUGCUUUUAAAUAGCACUCGAAGUGAUAUUUAUUUAAACGGAUAAUAUUGUUUUCUAUUUUGUAUAUGUACGUAAAUGUGAUACGAAAAGUGUACUUUUUGAAUAUUUUUUUUUUUGUUAUUAAAAAAUCAAUUUCACAUAAAUUCAUAUUCUUUUCUUUUUUUUACAGGAUAUUAUAUUUGUCGAAAAUUCCUUGCGUUAUACAAAAAUACGAAAGAAAAAAUUAUCUACUUAUCAAAUUAGAAACGUAAUAUUAUUUUAAUUACGAUUAUAUGAUUAUAUACACGAUAUAUUAUAUCAUUAAAUAAUUUUAUGUAAUUAAAAACUUAAAUUUCUCUCUCGUUUUAAGAUGUCAAAAUAACUAUUUGCCAUUACUCUGAAAUGUACUUAAAGGAAGUGUACUGUUGUUAACGGAAGUUAUUUGAAAUGGAUUUCUACAUCGGAAAUUAGACUUUCCACUUCCGGUGAAAGAGGAACGAAAGGAAAGAACGAAAGUAACGCGCCAUUUUUGUCGUAUAGAUUUAUUUAUAGAGAUUUAUUUAUAUAUUUCAACGAUAACACUAAAUGCAUGAGCUUUUUCAAUUAACAACAAACAGCUUGUCCAUUUCAUAGUUUUUAUAUCUCAAUAAUAAAUAUAAUCUUUUUUCCAAUAAAAUAUUUUUCACAUAAA